GAUAAUAGUGAAAGUGAUGGCGAAAAUGACUUUCUGGGUUGAAGAGUGCUGAUUCAGCGCAUAUGAAGAUGGAUUGGAGCCUCUUCAGGAUUUCCUCAGUGUUAUAGCAUCCCACAUCACCUGUUGAACAGAACUUAAAAACAGCACCAAAUCAGGAAAGUAUUCUACCACACUAAACCCUCUUUUUCCUUUUAUAAUUAAAAAAAAAUCCUAUAUGCUCUGAGCACUAUACCCUCCUGUAACCUGCUGGCUAACAGAGAACUCACAGCUGUACGAGGAGUCUGUGUCACUAGUGCCUGCCACAUUACUGUCUCUGUUUUCACUCUCAGUUGUGUUCACCUCACUCUGAGGUGCUGCACAUUUACUAGAACUGGAGACUUCCAUUUCUGACACACCUCCCUCUUCUCUCUCAUACUGCAUUUCGCUAAACUAUCAAUGUGUGUUGCUUUUGUUGAUCUCUUUCUCUUAGGUAUUUUAAACUCUGUAUUGUCCAUCAAUCCUACCUCUACUUCAGUAACCUCCUCUCCCAAAACCCCAGUCACUCUCUCCCCCUGCUCACUGACCCGAGUGUCGACAUCUCCCUCACCCCUCUCCCCAACAUUUCCUUUGACUACCUGUUCAGAGCCACCCCUCCUCGCGUCAAUCGUCACCCCUCCUCGACUCAAUCUCGACUCAACCACAAAAAAGGGUAGGGGAUAGUAUGGCUUGAAGCAGUCUGAUGAUUGAGUUGAGGAGGGGUGAGAAUUGAGUCGAGGAGGGGUGAGGUCUGAUGUCUGAUGAUUGAGUUAUCUCAAGGAAGGUUGACUAUUGAGUUGAGGAGGGGUGAAGUCUGAUGUCUGACGAUUAAGUCGAGGAGGGGUGAGGAUUGAGUCGAGAAAGGGUGAGGAUUGACUGAAGGAGAGUGAGGUCUGAGGAUGUCCUAAAAUGGACAGAGUACUCCUAGUUUUGUAUCAGUAAACAAACAGAUUUUUUAUUUGUUUUUUUUAAAGUGACACGUUACUAUUAACUCAAGCCUAUUUUUCUGUUCCAGUCUAACACAGUUGUCAACACAAUGUGUGGAUACAAAAUCCUUGAUCGGAGAUGGCAGAAUAGUAUUCCAGAGUGGUAUUCUCUCAUUAGGUUGCUUGUAUACAGUAGUAUAGGAAAGGUAUCUGAUUUUAGGGCUUUAAUCUAAGCACAAUUUUGACCACCCAAAAUUAGAAUUUUGAAAAUCAUCCAAAAAAUGGUAUUAAAAUAAAAUAACCUGACAGAUCGUUUCCGUAAUGUUUUGUAAUAUUGUAAAUAAACCAAGCAUUCUUUUUCUGAACCAAUAAGCAAUAUAGAUAUCAACACUGCAGAUAGUGCCCUAUCUCGGGUGUGUUGUGAGUCACGAGGCGAAGCAGAGUGCACCUUGGAACUGGAACAACAUCAUACACAAUGAUAGCUAACAGAACCAUAGCAAACAUCACACAGUAGUAAGGUACUUGCAGUACCCUUCAAUCCACCAAAACAUUUUAAAACAAUUAAUGAAUAAAAGCUUUGUGAAUAGGACAUGUAGUCGUAACUGAACCAGAGCACCAACAAAAUAUUGUUUUUCUGCAGCACCUUGAUUUACUCUACGUUAUCCAUGUGCGAGGGUGCACAAAGACAGUCUUCAUCUGGUUUCUGGAUAACUACAACAUCGUGGCAGGAAUUCUGCUUGGCAUUCUUCUACCACAGAUGUUUUCAUUCUGGAUAGCAGCAGUUUUCCUGUUCAGCACAGUCUACACUGAUCAGGUCUGUUAUGACAGGCUGGGGUGCUUCGUAGACACUGUGCCGUGGGCUGGGACUCUAGAGAGGCCUCUUGGCAAACUGCCUUGGCCUCCAGAAAAAAUCAAAACCACUUUUAUUCUCUACACCAAGCAAAACCCCAGCACCUUCCAGGAAAUCUCAGCACUAAAUCCAUCAUCCAUUUUGGCAUCAAACUACAAAGGAAACAAAACCACCCGCUUCAUUGUCCAUGGUUUUAUUGACAAAGGGGAUGAAAACUGGCUCAAAGACAUGUGCAAGAUGAUGAUGCAAAUAGAAGAUGUGAACUGUAUCUGUGUCGACUGGCAAGGAGGGUCGAAAACCGGUUACGUUCAGAGUUCCCAUAACAUCCGAGUGGUCGCGGCAGAAAUUGUCUACUUGAUCAAAUACUUAGAGAAAAACUACAACCAGAAACCUGCUGAUUUCCAUGUUAUUGGCCAUAGUUUAGGGGCCCAUUGUGCGGGAGAGGUUGGCAGGAAACUCAAAGGUCUUGGAAGAAUAACAGGCCUAGACCCUGCAGAGGCUUAUUUUCAGAAUGCAGCGCCUUUAGUCCGACUGGAUGCCAGUGAUGCAGUUUUUGUUGAUGUCAUCCAUACCGAUUCAGCACCCAUGGUCCCUAAUCUUGGAUUGGGAAUGUCCCAAGCUGUCGGCCACCUUGACUUCUAUCCAAAUGGAGGAGAAUACAUGCCAGGAUGCGAAAAGAAUAUUAUUUCACAAAUUGUAGAUCUGGAUGGCAUAUGGGAAGGAACCCGGGAUUUUGUGGCCUGCAAUCACCUGAGAUCUUAUAAGUAUUACGCCGAUAGCAUCUUAAACCCAGGAGGCUUUGUUGGAUACAAGUGUAAUUCAACUGAGGAUUUUGUGGUUGGGAAGUGUUUCCCGUGCCCCACUGAAGGCUGUCCUGUGAUGGGUCACCACUCUUCUACAUUCAAGACACCCGCUGGCACUGAAAACCUGAAGUUCUAUCUGAACACCGGCGAUGCCAGGCCCUUCAUGCGCUGGCGCUACAAGGUUACAGUAACUAUAACCGGUGACCGAGAUGUGUCUGGCACUCUGAAAGUAUCCUUGUAUGGGACAAAAGGAAACACACGACAGCAUGAAAUCGCCAAAACAAAACUCCAACCCGGAAGCACAUACAGUGCCUUCAUUGAUACAGAGUUGGAUGUUGGAGAAGUUCAAAAAGUGAAGUUCCUCUGGGAGAACAGUCAAAUCAACCCUCUCCUGCCGAAGUUUGGAGCACAGUUAUUGGUCUUGCAGCGUGGAAAGGACAGACAGUUACUGCAGUUCUGUGGGAGUGGAAAAGUCGGAAAAGAGGUCCUUCAGGCCCUAGACCCAUGCUAAAGUGUUUAGAGUUAAUGUUGACAGCCUGGGUAUUUUAAAUAAAUGACAAUUGAUGCAA